AUGCCCACGUUUCAAAGCAACAAGUUCCGAAGCUCCCGCGACGCCGGCAGCUUCGGCCCGCAGUACCGCCGGCUCGUGGCCAAGCAUCCCUUUCUCCUGUUCGGCCUCCCGUUCCUCGCCGUCGUGGUCGGCGGCUCGUUUGUCCUGACGCCCGCGACGGCCAUCCGCUACGAGCGGCACGACCGCAAGGUGCGCCAGAUGACCAAGGAGGAGGAGCUGAGCGUCCGGCGGUCCGCCCGCAAGGUGGACAUGAAGGAGGAGUACUACCGUCUGGCAGGCCGGGAUCUCGAUGACUGGGAGCAGAAGCGCGUCGAGCGGUUGCCGGGGGAGAGCGACGGCGUCCUGUGA